GUGAGAAUUGUGCCGACAACUAGAAGUUGUCAUAUGCAUGGCAUUGAAACUAUUGCUUAUUGAACAACCAGUUAAGAAAUAAAAGAUGAAAGCAACAGCUGAGGAGCAGGUAACUUACAAUAUAUAGUGUUACCUUUUUAUUUUUAGCAUGAGGCAAUGACAGCUAGUACUAGUAACUAGUACUAGUAAAAAAAAAAAAAAAAUGUAACUAGCUGCCAGCUAACUAACGUUAGCAUCUCAUUACAUGUGUACUGUAAACACUUAAUGUGUGGCUAAUGGUAACAUUAGCUAGCUAGCGUAGGCUAUUUGCUUAGUAUUACAUAUAGUAUUUAGCGAGCUAUAGUAUUUGAAAGGUUGUUGGAAUUUGAGUUAUGACGAGUAUCUGUAACUAGUCCAACUUAUUUAGCUAACUAUAACUAGCCCUUGCCUUUUAUAUCCACCAUCUAGCUAACUUGAUGCUAAUCGCUAGUUACCUUGCUAGCUAGAUCUCGCACCACAACAUAAUCAAUCAUAUGUGUGUUAACGUUACACAUGUUUCUCACGUUUCAAAGAUAGAGCAAUCAGAGUCUUUUCACGAUGAGGAAGAUGAGGGCCCGACCAGGGCCAAAAGGGGUAAGCCCGAGGUGGUCCAGGACGGGUUCCUCCGUCCGGUGAAGCUGUCGCGCGGUGAGCUCUACAAACCUCCCACCGCAGAUGAACUGAACCAGCUCAAGGAGGCCGAGAGCCUGUUCCACUGCAGCCUGCUCAAGAUGCAGGUGAGACGGGGGUUAUGUAUGGGUGGGGUUCGGUGGUUAAUUCACAAAUCAAUGGCUUUCAAGAACAUUGACAUUGUGUGUGUGUACAUACACGCCUACAUUCCAGUAUUUCUGAUGAAGGGGGGACCACACGGUCACUUUGCAACAUGACAGCUGUCUCAAUGGACCUAUGCAUGCAUAUACAUUUGUUAAUCUCCCUCGGUCUCCUUGCCAUUGCCAACAGAUGGAGGAGCUGCUGAAGGAGGUUGCCUUGAGUGAGCACAGGAAGCAGCUGAUUGACUCUUUCAUCCAGAAUGUCACUGAGCAGCUCCAGACUGUACCACAGACUCCUGAAGUGGAGGUAUGUCAGUGAUACUGUGGGUCCAGGGGAUUAGAAAUAAUGUCAACUUGUUGUAUUUGGUCUGGCCUCAAUGAUCUCCAAAAUGUUUUUCAAUGUUAUUGAUCUCUCUUUCGCCCUUUCCCCAGCUAAGUGACUUGUCAUGGUUGUCAGGAGGCGUGAAGGUCCCCUUUGUCUUGGUGCCAAAGGCAGCCAAGGGCAAGUUUCACAUGGCACCGCCCAUAUCUGUUACCAUCAUGGGCAGCUACCCACUGGGCACCUGCACCAAACCAGGCAUCUCAGUUGAUCUGGCAGUCGCUAUUCCUGCUGUACGUAACGCCAAACUAUUCACUCUGAACAAUAAGAGUAAUAAUUUGGUCGUACAACAGUAAUAACAACAUGCGUCUAUUCAUGUUUUUUUUUUCAGGAUGUCCUGCACCCUAAAGAUGCACUAAACCAGAGGUACCCACGGAAGAGGGCACUUUACCUGGCAGGACUGGCACAACAUCUUGCCGCCUCUCCCGCCAUCGGGGCCAUGCGGUACUCAUGUCUCCAUGGCAACCGCCUCCGCCCCCUCCUGUUGCUCUCCCCUCCAGGUACCUAGCAUCUGUUACAGAAGGUUGGGACAGCAACGGUUGGUUCAUUCUAGGGCCAAUUGUUGUAGGGCUUAAACCUUUCAUUUCACAGUUUUCCUUAACUCAAAGCCUAGCAUGGUUGGAUUUAUCAUGCAACCCAUAUGGUUGUCGGCAAGCACCUAUCCAGCACCUAUUCACAACAUAUUGUUUUGUGUGUGUCAAUGAUGAUUCAAUGAAAUGGCCCCUUUUCCAGGCAAAGACUCCUCCAGCUUCACCUUGCGACUCCACGCCUGCCCUCCACCGGGUUUCUUCAAGCCCAGCCGCUUCCACCCCCAGAGGAACAACAUCCGCACCGACUGGUACACUGGCCUGGGGAGCUCUCAGCCAGGUGAGGGCCUCAACUCCAAGCCAAGCAGCUUCGAUAUAUUGUUUCCUAAAAUACAGGUCCCUUCUGAUUUUAGAAUAUUAAUGAAAAACCGAUUGUUAAAAGGGAUGAAGGUUCCUUGUUGGGGGAGAUAGUACACUAACCUGAAUUACAGCUGUGCACUGGAGAGAUACUUCACAUUUAAAUCAGACUGAAGUCUAUGUUCUCAUCCAUUCCUUUUCUGUCUGUAUGUUUGUGCAGAGACGAGUGAGCCGCCCACUCCCCACUACAACAGCUCUGUUCUUGGGGACAUGCUCCCCAGGGCCCACCUGCAGUUCCUGACCGCUGUGAGCUCCCAGUGCACCGCCUUUGCAGAGGGAGUGGCCCUGCUCAAAGUGUGGCUCAGACAGAGGGAGCUGGACCAGGUAUGGGCCCCUGUACCACCACCCGCUCCCUCUCUAUCAUGAGUUUUACCAGGCUGAAUGAACCCAGUGCUUAAACUACUCUCUCUCCUCCCACAGGGCGCAGGGUGUUUCAGUGGUUUCCUGGGCUCCAUGCUUCUGGCCUACCUCCUCUCCUCCCACAGAGUCAGCAACACCAUGACAGCCUACCAGCUGCUCCGCAACAGCCUGCACUUUCUGGGUAAGACGCAUGAGGUCUCAUCUCCUACCUGUCUGUCUACUCCUACUGUUGGAGUAACAUCGCAUUUACCAUAAAUACCGUACCUGGUGUUAUUGAAAAGUGUGAGGCAUUAUAUAGGUAAUGUCAUCACUACUCUGUUUUGAGCCGGUCUCAUUGUCAUCCCUUUCUUCUCAAACUCAGCUUUAACCGACCUGACGGAGAAUGGAAUUACCCUAGCCAAAGGCCCAGAUUCAACAGCGGUGAGGCAGGACUAGUCCAAAUGACAUCAUAUGAUGCAAAAUGCGUCAUACCGGCUAUAUUUCUGUAUUUUGCAUUUUAUAUCUUAAACUCGAUUGCUGACAUGCAAAACAUUUUGGGAUUUUAUCAACAAUGGACUAAUGCAACAAAUACCAGAAGCUAGUUUUGGGGGGAAUUUUUUAAUGGGGAAAGAGUGCUUUUCUAUUUUUCACGUGUUCUUCCUUCUCCCCCUUGUUUUCUUUCGUUCCCUCCCUCAGCCCUCUCUCGCCGAGUUCCACACUGCUUUCCAGGUUGUUUUUGUUGACCCCUCUGGACACCUCAACAUGUGUGCUGACAUGACAGCCUGCACCUACAAACAGGUGAGCGCCCUGUGCCAAGGUGGCUUGAGAUUUGUCUGGAUGGCAGUAACAUGCCCUCUGAUUGGUUGACUGUACCUUGUUUGGCUCUCAGGUGCAGCACGAGGCUUCUCUGUCGCUGCAGUUUUGGGACGACCCCACCGUGGAUGGAUUCCAUGCCCUACUCAUGACCCCCAAACCCAUGAUCAGGACCAGCGACCACGUCUUCCAGUAAGGCCUUGUUCGGACACGCACUCUAGCGCACACACAUUUAUUAUCCUCUCCUCUUGUAUUAACUUUGACCCCCCCCUCCCCCCAUUAUUUUUCCUCCCUCUUUCCUUCUCUCUUCUUCUGUGUGUCUGUCUGUCAUCAGGCUGUGUGAGCUGGUGAAGCUGCAGUCCUGCUGUAAGAAGCUCAACCUCCUCAGUGAACUCAUGGACCACAGUGGAAACUACGUCCUCACCGCGCUCCCUUUUAUCCUCUCCCUCCUGCAACGAGGCCUGGGCCAAAGGGUCCGCCUCCUCACCCACUCACUGACCCCUGACCCUGAGGUGAGCAUUCUCCUGCCUUCUUUGGUCUCCAUAUGUUAAAUAAUACUGAAUGGUUUGUGUUCCUUUGUUUAACUGUGUAAAAUGUGUGUGUGUGUGGUUGAGACGGGUUGUGUGUGUGUGUGUAAUGCAGGUCUAUUGACUGGGAUGGACUGAUCCAGUACAUUUAGAGAGAACUGUUUACUUUGUAAGAUUCAUAGUGGGUAGUCUGGUUGGUGUGUGUAACGGUGUAUGUUUGCUAUGGCAGUGGCCGGUGGAGAGUGAAGCUCCGAAGCACAAGGCCCAGCCACCCCUGUCCUUUGGCCUGCUGCUCAACCCAGAACAGGCGGCCUCUGUACUGGAGAGAGGACCCCCAGCCGAUAGCCCCAAGGUCUGUGUGUGUCUGUCUCUUUCUCUCUCCCUCUCUGUGUUUGUGGUAACUCUCAAUACCAUGUUUUCAAAUGUGUGUGUGUGUGUCAUUCUCACUGCUGUGUGUGUAUUUGUGCAGGCUGAGGAGUUCAGGCAGCUGUGGGGGUCUCGCUCUGAGCUGCGUCGGUUCCAGGACGGGGCCAUCACGGAGGCUGUGGUGUGGGAGGGAGAGACUACCUGUCAGAAGAGACUGGUCCCACGCCAGCUCAUCACACACCUGCUGCAGCUGUACGUACCUCACCACUCCUAAGCACAGAUUUAGGAUCAGAUCAGCCUACCUCCAAUCUUAACCAUAACCAUUUGUGGGAUGAAGAAAGAUCUGACCCUGAAUCAGUGGUUAGGGACCACUACCCUCUCCUACACUGGAGGGAAGGAGUAGGCUGUAUGUUGUGGAAAUACAAUUGAGCUGUUCAUCAAAAUGCCUGCUUCCACACAAAGCCUCUGAGAACUUUCCACCAUCUUUGCCUUGUAUGAUGUACUGUUAGUUGUAUGGGAAGUUCUGUUAGAAGCAGGUCUGAGAGGCUCCUUUCUCUUCUCCUCAGUCAUGCAGAUAUACCAGAAUCCUGUGUGAGAUACAUUGGAGGGAUGCUGGAUGAUGUCAUCAAAGUGGGACGCGAGGUAGUUCUGAGAUUUUUUUGUAGUAGUGCAUUUUACCAGCAGAGUGCUGCUGUGUGGGUUGACGACACCCUCCAUCCAAACUUUGACAUCUGAAAUCUGUUAAAACUCUGUGUGUGUGUGUGUUCCCCAGGUGUGCAGUACGGGUGAGGAGGAGAGUCUGAAGGUGGUUCAGUCAUAUGAUGACCUAAGCAGGAAGCUGUGGAGGCUGAAGGGGCUGCCCCUAUCCAUCACCUCAGUGCAGGGUGCCCACCCAGCCCUGCGCUACACCCAGGUAACCCCCCUAGCUACUGGACCCUACCUAGACCCCCCCCCCCAAAAAAAACGUAGCAACAUUCUUACCAAUUGUUGUUUGUUUCAGGUAGGUCACUUCCUCCAGCUCCAUGCAUCAGACGUUAAGUAGCGAGUUGGAGAUGGUCCAUAAUUUCAAUGUUUGAUUUGUGCUUUCUUCUUCCACCACACAGGUGUUCCCCCCAGUGCCCCUGAAGCUGGACUACUCGUUCUUUGACAGAGAGCAGUUGUCCCGGUCACUGGUGCCCCAGGAGGUCAAACCUUGCCCUGUGUACAUCACCCCUGUCAAAGGUACCGCUCACCAUUUCUUGUCUGCCCCACCAGUGGGAGUGCGUGCGUGCACCAGUGGGUGUGCACGCAUCAGUGCCUUGCGUUCAUGUGUUGCACUUACGAUGCUACCUGCCUUAUGUACGUGCCACAAUGUGGCGAGAUUGGCCUUUUCUAGGCCUAGUUGUUACUGAAAUUAGGGUUCAUACAUUCUCGUCAACACAAUGUGCCACAGUGAGGCGGCAUUGUAUUUGCGAUAUGGAUAGAAUAUAAAUGAUUCCGUUAUGGUUGACUUUCCCAUCAACCACAACCAUGCCUGUUGCUUGCAGCCUACCAUUUAGGAUUAUAAUCCAACUCAAUAUGCAGGUUAAUGCUCAACAUGCUUCAAUGAACGCACACAGUAAGCAGGCAAUAAAACAAUCUCAACCUUCUUAUAAAACGUUUAUUUUGGAAGCACUAAAACUCUAUGAUGGCAUGGGACUCAAGGCGUUAACUCCGCAUGUCGACAAAUGAACAAAGAGCAUAGCAUUGCAUUUCUUUAAAUACAAACAAAUUACUUCCUGAGUGCAAUAAGAUGAUAAAUAUUGAAUAACAAAAACAACAUUGAGAGAGAGAACCUUCAGGCCUUGUGGAUUUACAGUACUUGCAGUUGCUGCAUGCUAUACCAAAAUAGGACAGUUAAAAAGGGCAAAGAGUGUAGCCAAUAACACACAAGCAAAAAAUAUAACUAAACAAUUCAAUACAGCAAUAAGGAGGUGUGGUAUAUGGCCAAUAUCUUUGAAGGCCUUCUUUUCCACCGUGUGGAAGGAAACCAUUUAUUUCGCUAUGUAUUUGGUAAAAGCGUCUGUUCACUUCUUCCACCGGGUGCUGUGCUUUUUGUAUUUAGCUAGUUAAAAAAAAAAAAAAACUAUAAUUGUCAGCUGUGAUAUAGAUGGGGUUGGCCCCAGUGCUUUUGGCCUCGAGGCGUGCAUAGUUCAGAGGCUGGUGUACCCUGAGGUAGGAGCGCAGAUUUUAUGUAUUGCCGCCUUUUGCUGUUAUUGCCUCCGGUCAAAUCUAGCAAAUUACCUCUGUUAAAUCCUUGGGUUCCUUUUCUCGUUGGUUCUAAAGCUGAAAUGUAUCCAAAAAGGGACAGUGGCAUUUUUUGUCUGACACCAGAUCAUCUGCCAUUUUCACUCCUCUUCUUCUCCCUCUCUCUUAUCUAACUAAAGGUAGAAGAGGUCACGUGACCCCAAAAGUUAGUAUGCUGUAUGACCCCUCCCACUCCAUGUCAAGAGAUGUGUAAUUUGAUCCCCUCACACAUUGUUGUGAUGUGAUUUAGCAAACAGCUGCAAUUCUUUUUUUUGAAAAACCAGACCAAUGGUACCGUCAAAUAUCCCAGUAUACUGCCCAAACCUAGUGGGUACCGUACAGACCUAAUAGAAAUGUUUUGUUGUGGAUCCAGAGAAGGUAUGCUAUUUUUUGGUAGUGUGUGUUUUCUACUAUGAGCCCUUCUCUCUUGCCUCCUCCUGUUGUAGUGAUCUGCCACAUGGAGGGCAGUGGGAAGUGGCCUCAUGACAGAGUGGCCAUCCGCCACAUUAAAGCAGCCUUCCACAUCAGCCUGGGAGAACUGUUAACCCAACACCACCGCUACCCAUGCCAGCCCAGUCCCACACACCUGGACGUGUGGAAGGUAGAGGCCCUGCUCUCUCUGUGGGUGGGUGGGUGGGAUGGUAGAUUAUGUUAAUUCAUGACACACACUUUGUGACUACUGCAGAUGUCAAAUGGGCUAUAUAAAAUAUAUUUAAUUGAAUUUGACUGGUAUAGGGAAGCACUGUUAUCAGACAUCUUGACUAACAGUGUGUGUGUGUGUGUGCAGGAUGGCUUGGCGUUUAGGAUCCAGGUAGCGUACCACCGGGAGCCUCAGGUCCUGAGGGAGAGUGUUAGUCCAGAGGGGCUGCUCAUCGUCAGGGACAACGAGGAGGCUCAGGCCCUGGAGAUGGCCACCAUGCAUCGGCCCCUACUCACCAGCACCCUGCACGGGUCAGACACUAGCUUUACACUGGAGCUCUCCUUCUAUCAGAUAACAUUACCUUUACACUGGAGCUCUCUCUCUUUCAGCUAACAUUACCUUUACACUGGGGCUCUCCUAUCAGAUAACAUGACCUUUACACUGAAGCGGAGCUCUCCUUCUAUCAGAUAACAUGACCUUUACACUGGAGCGCUCUCUCUUUCAGCUAACAUUACCUUUACACUGGAGCUCUCUCUCUUUCAGCUAACAUUACCUUUACACUGGAGCUCUCUCUCUUUCAGCUAACAUUACCUUUACACUGGAGCUCUCUCUUUCAGCUAACAUUACCUUUACACUGGGGCUCUCCUAUCAGAUAACAUGACCUUUACACUGAAGCGGAGCUCUCCUUCUAUCAGAUAACAUGACCUUUACACUGGAGCGCUCUCUCUUUCAGCUAACAUUACCUUUACACUGGAGCUCUCUCUCUUUCAGCUAACAUUAUCUUUACACUUGAGAUCUCUCUCUUUCAGCUAACAUUACCUUUACACUGGAGCUCUCUCUCUUUCAGCUAACAUUACCUUUACACUGGAGCUCUCUCUCUUUCAGCUAACAUUAACUUUACACUGGAGCUCUCUCUCUUUCAGCUAACAUGACCUUUUACACUGGAGCUCUCUCUCUUUCAGCUAACAUGACCUUUUACACUGGAGCUCCCUCUCUUUCAGCUAACAUGACCUUUUACACUGGAGCUCUCUCUCUUUCAGCUAACAUGACCUUUUACACUGGAGCUCCCUCUCUUUCAGCUAACAUGACCUUUACACUGGAGCUCUCUCUCUUUCAGCUAACAUGACCUUUUACACUGGAGCUCCCUCUCUUUCAGCUAACAUGACCUUUACACUGGAGCUCUCUCUCUUUCAGCUAACAUGACCUUUUACACUGGAGCUCCCUCUCUUUCAGCUAACAUGACCUUUACACUGGAGCUCUCUCUCUUUCAGCUAACAUGACCUUUUACACUGGAGCUCUCUCUCUUUCAGCUAACAUGACCUUUACACUGGAGCUCUCUCUCUUUCACCUAACAUGAACUUUACACUGGAGCUCUCUCUCUUUCAGCUAACAUGACCUUUACACUGGAGCGCUCUCUUUUUCAGCUAACAUUACCUUUACACUGGAGCUCUCUCUCUUUCAGCUAACACUAUAGCUUUACACAUUCUCUCUCAAACAGACACACAUAUCCUAAUGUCUCUGUGGUUGUGUGUUCUAGGCUCCAGCAGCUCCACCCAUGUUUCGGGGCGGUGUGUCGCCUGGCCAAGCGCUGGCUGGGAGCGCAGCUCUUUAGCGAUGACAUCACAGAGGACACUGCUGACCUGCUGGUGGCGUCCCUCUUCCUGCAGCCGGCCCCCUUCACUCCUCCAGGGUAACUAGCUACCUACUGCUCAUAUCCCUCUCUCACUCAUUCUAUUCUCACCUUCCUGUACCACAUGACUGACACAACCCCUCCCUCUCAAAUUCUUUGUGGGUUUGUGUAAUCUGAGGGAAAUAUGUGUCUCUAAUAUGCUCAUACAUUUGGAAGGAGGUUAGGAAGUGCAGCACAAUUUUGUGGGCAGUGGGAACGUAGCCUGUCUUCUCUUGAGAGCCAGGUCUGUCUACGGCGGCCUCUCUCAAUAGCAAGGCUAUGCUCACUGAGUCUUUACCAUAGCUUUCCUUAAUUUUGGGUCAGUCACAGUGCUCAGGUAUUCUGCCACAGUGUGCUCUCGGUUUAGGGCCAAAUAGGUUAAUUCUUUCCAAUGUGUCAAGUAAAUAUUUUUUUGUUUUCUCAUGAUUUGGUUGGGUCUAAUUGUGUUGCUGUUCUGUGGCUCUGUGGGGUCUGUUUGUGUUUGAACAGAGCCCCAGGACCAGCUUGCUGAGGGGACUCUUCUCCAGGUUAAUCUCUCUGUAGGUGAUGGCUUUGUGAUGGAAGGUUUGAGAAUCGCUUCCUUUUAGGUGGUUGUAGAAUUGAACUGCUCUUUUCUGGAUUUGGUUAAUUAGCGUGUAUCGGCCUAAUUCUGCCCUGCAUGCAUUAUUUGGUGUUCUUGUACACGGAGGACAUUUUUGCAGAAUUCUGCAUGCAGAUUCUCAAUUUGGUGUUUGUCCUAUUUUGUGAAUUCUUGGUUGGUGAGCGGACCCCAGACCUCACAACCAUAAAGGGCAAUGGGUUUUAUAACUGAUUCAAGUAUUUUUUGCCAGAUCAUACAGUGUUUUCCAUUUGUGUUUUCCGGCCGUCGGCUAAUCAUCCGGAUACAGACUCAUUUUCAGCCGGCUACUUUUUCCACUUCAUAUUAACUAGGCUACUGUUCAUUUAGAAGUUUCAAUAUAAUAAUAAUAAUAAUAAUAAUAUGCCAUUUAGCAGACGCUUUUAUCCAAAGCGACUUAGUCAUGCGUGCAUACAUUUUUGUGUAUGGGUGGUCCCGGGGAUCGAACCCACUACCUUGGCGUUACAAGCGCCGUGCUCUACCAGUUGAGCUACAUAGGACCACGAUAUGAUAUGCAUCUUCUAGCGAUCUAUUGAUAGGACAGGCGCCUGUCGGUCACAAAGCGAGCGAUGACAGGGAAACGCAGGCGGUCUGUCCCGCCUCCUGGUACAAUGUGUGCGCGCGCUGUGGUUGGUUGAAGUUUAAUAUCUUUACACGGAGGAGGGAGAGAGCAUGAUGCUUGUGAAUUUGCACGUCCCAUGUAAUGUAAGUGGUAACAUUGAGUUAGCCAAAUUAAUUGUUUUCUGGCACAGUCAUUUAUUUUCUUUCACAUCUUUCCUAUAGCCAGCCACGCUAUUUACUGUGCUUUGAUUGACAACUGAACAGCAAGUGUUGACUAGUUAAUAAAAGGUGUCGAACUGACUGAAUAAAUUCGAUCUCCUAUAUGCAAAGAUCCUAGAAUCUAUAGUCAACAAACAGUUACAAUCUUUUCUUUCUGUUAACAGUAUUUUUAGCCCCAAUCAAUCUGGUUUUAGAUCUAAACACAGUACCACAUCGGCCACUAUGCUUGUUGUAAAUGAUAUUGCAAAUGCCUUAGAUGAUAGAAGGCACUGUGCUGCGUUGUUUGUAGAUUUGUCAAAAGCUUUUGACACUGUAGACCAUGCUAUCCUUUUGAGUAAGCUGUCAUCUAUAGGACUGGGCACUGAUGCCUGUCGAUGGUUUUAUGACUUUUAAAGAUAGAACUCAGGCCGUCAUAGUCGACGGGGUCAAGUCUGACCCCUUACAGUUACUUAAAGGGGUCCCUCAGGGUUCAAUAAUUGGCCCACUAUUGUUCUCACUUUAUAUAAACAACAUUGGUGAUGAUGUCAGAUAUUGUAAAUUCCAUUUAUAUGCAGAUGACACAGUGAUGUACUCUAUUGCUCCAACAGCGGACCAAGCUUUAAUGCAGUUGGAGUCUGAUUUUAGGAUACUACAGGGGUCUCUUUUACAGCUUAAACUUGUUUUAAACGCUAAGAAAACAAAUGUCAUGUUUUUUUCUAGGUCUAAACUCUCAAUUAGAAACACUUUUGUAAUCACUAGCUUGGAUGGUACUCAAAUCAAACAGGUCUCUGUAUAUAAAUACUUAGGGGUAUGGUUAGAUGAUAGGCUUUCUUUUAAAAAACAUGUUACUGAAUUGGGAAAAAAGCUCAAAUUCAAGAUCGGGUUCCUUUACAGAAACAGGGCUUGUCUGUCCUCCGUAAAUAGAAAACAAAUUGUGCAGGCUACUUUUAUGUCCGUUUUAGAUUAUGGUGAUAUUAUCUAUAUGCAUGCAUCGGCAAACACAUUAAAACCACUAGAUGCUAUUUACCAUUGUGCACUCAGGUUUAUCACAGGUGAUAGUUACAAAACUCAUCACUGUAUCCUAUAUCAACAUGUGGGUUGGGCCUCUCUAUCUGUGAGGCGAGAGCAACAUGCUCUCUUGUUUAUUUAUAAAGCACUUAUUUUAAAACUACCUCCAUAUAUAUCAUCAUUAAUUUCCACUAGAUAUACUAAUUUUAAAACCAGAUCACAGAUGUGGAUUACAUUAGAGACUCCUGUGGUCUCCACAGAGUUGGGUAGGACUGCCUUCAGUUCCUUUGCACCUUAUUUAUGGAAGAUCCAACUUAAGUUAGACACUCUGGUGUCCCUUGCCCAUCUGGUGUCCCUUGCCCAUUUUAAAAAUGUUAUGGAGGAUCAAUAUGACGUUGUCUGUGAUUGUUUCUGUUGAAUUGUGUUUUUGUUUUGUAUGUUUGAAAUGUUCUUGUCUGUAUGUCUAAAACUGUACAUGUCAACAUGUUUACACAGGGCACAGCCGUAAAAGAGAUCCAGGUCUCUUUUACCCUGUUAAAAUAAAGAUUAAAAAAAAAAUAUAUAUAUAUAUAUAUAUCCCUUUACCAUUAAUAAAUCAUGCAGCGUGGUUAUACUGUAUGUCCAUGGUAUCGGGACACAUUUCCAAGGUUUCCUAUCCUAGGAUGUCGGGGCUUGCCAGACAGUGACGCUAAAGUGAGUGACUCUGGUCUCGUCAGUCAGUGUAGCCUACCGAAUCGCAUCGGUGAGAGCGCUGUUAAUUUGGCUACCUAAUUUGCAUAGGCUACUGGUAGGCCUAGGCUUUAUCUGCAGAUAAAUUAUAUAUUUUUUCAAAUUAAGAUGGUGGUCACUGCAGGAACAAUAGGUAGUGGAGAGCCUCAUUCUGGUCCAAAUAUGAUGAUUAGCGUCCUCACGGAAUCCAGGUAUUAAAAUGGAAUUCAACAAUAUAUAAAAAAAAUACCAUAGUAGGGAAUCGACUAAAUGUAUUGAAAAUUCAUUAAUUUGCCCAAGUUUAUCAUAAGACAUGAACAGAAUGCAUCAGUGAUUUGUAUUUCCUGCAACUUUCUGAAGAGGCAAGGAGAAUGUGUGUGUGUGCAGUGCACUUGUCUAACACUUUGUGUAGCACUGUAGCCUUUGGCGAUGAUGCUAGUGAAAACGUCUUCUGGUAUCUUUCCCAAAAACCUUCUCAAUUAAAUGUUAACUACAAAGUAGCAUAUGCUUACCUGGUAGAAUAGCAUGAUUAUUUUAAUCAAUCCAGUGGGUAUUUGUUUAACAAACUCUACCAUCACAUGUGCCCUACAAAAACACAGCUAAACACCAGUUUCUUGCUUGGUGCGCACUUGAAUUAAAGGGUAACUUCACCCAAAAAUCCACAUUUUUCUUAUUUUCCCAGACCUCAAAAAUGUCCUGAUGUGGUUUAAAAGAUCAAAUUUGGUUAUUUUUGCUAUUAUAAAAGUGUGAUUUUUGAGAGCAAAAAUACAGAGAACAAUGAGCCAGAUGUUUCACCGGAUGUACAGUACCAGUCAAAAGUUUGGACACACCUACUCAUUCAAGGGUUUUUCUUUAUUUUUACUAUUUUCUACAUUGUAGAAUAAUAGUGAAGACAUCAAAACUAUGAAAUAACACAUAUGGAAUCAUGUAGUAACCAAAAAAGUGUUAAACAAAUCAAAAUAUAUUUUAGAUUCUUCAAAGUAGCCACCCUUUGCCUUGGUGACAGCUUUGCACACUAUUGGCAUUCUCUCAACCAGCUUCAUGAGGAAUGCUUUUCCAACAGUCUUGAAGGAGUUCCCACAUAUGCUGAGCACUUGUUGGCUGCUUUUCCUUCACUCUGCGGUCCAACUCAUCCCAAACCAUCUCAAUUGGGUUGUGGUCGGGUGAUUGUGGAGGCCAGGUCAUGCAGCACUCCAUCACUCUCCUUCUUGGUCAAAUAGCCCUUACACAGCCUGGAGGUGUCCUGUUGACAAAUGAUAGUCCCACUGAGCCCAAACCAGAUGGUAUGGCGUAUCGCUGCAGAAUGCUGUGGUAGCCAUGCUGAUUAAGUGUGCCUUGAAUUCUAAAUAAAUCACUGACAGUGUCACCAGGAAAGCACCAUAACACCACCUCCUCCAUGCUUCAUAGUGGGAAAGACGCAUGCGGAGAUCAUCUGUUCACCUACUCUGCUUCUCACAAAGACACAGCGAUUGGAACCAAGAAUCUUAAAUUUGAGACCAAAGACCAAAGGACGGAUUUCCACUGGUCUAAUGUCAAUUGCUCGUGUUUCUUGGCCCAAGCAAGUCUCUUUUUAUUGGUGUCCUUUAGUAGUGGUUUCUUUGCAGCAAUUCGACCAUGAAGGCCUGAUUCACACAGUCUCCUCUGAACAGUUGAUGUUGAGAUGUCUGUUACUUGAACUCUGUGAAGCAUUUAUUUGAGCUGCAAUUUCUGAGGCUGGUAACUCUAAUGAACUUAUCCUCUGCAGCAGAGGUAACUCUGGGUCUUCCUUUUCUGUGGCGGUCCUCAUGAGAGCCAGUUUCAUCAUAGCGUUUGAUGGUUUUUGCGACUGCACUUGAAGAAACUUUCAAAGUUCUUGAAAUGUUCCGUAUUGACUGACCUUCAUGUCUUAAAGUAAUGAUGGACUGUCAUUACUCUUUGAUGAUUUGAACUGUUCUUGCCAUAAUGCGGAAUUGUUUUUUUACCAAAUAGGGCUAUCUUCUGUAUACCACCCCAACCUUGUCACAACACAACUGAUUUGGCUCAAACGCAUUAAGAAGGAAAGAAAUUCCACAAAUUAACUUUUAACAAGGCACACCUGUUAAUUGAAAUGCAUUCCAGGUGACUACCUCAUGAAGCUGGUUGAGAGAAUGCCAAGAGUGUGCAAAGCUGUCAUCAAGGCAAAGGGUGGAUACUUUGAAGAAUCUCAAAUAUAAAAUAUAUUUGUUUAACACUUCUUUGGUUACUACAUGAUUCCAUAUGUGUUAUUUCAUAGUUUUGAUGUCUAAACUAUUAUUCUACAAUGUAGAAAAUAGUCAAAAUAAAAGAAAAACCCUGGAAUUAGUAGGUGUCCAAACUUUUUACUGGAAGUGUAUAAAUCGGAAAUAUCCAGUUGGCAUUUCCACUCACCAUCAAAUACAGUGCAUUCAGAAUGUAUUCAGACCCUUUGACGUUUUACAAAUUUUUAAUAUGCCAUUUAGCAGACGCUUUUAUCCAAAGCGACUUAGUCAUGCGUGCAUACAUUUUUACGUAUGGGUGGUCCUGGGGAUCGAACCCACUAACCUGGCGUUAAAUCAAAUCAAAUCGGCGUUACAAGCGCCAUGCUCUACCAGUUGAGCUACAGAGGACCACAUUUUGUUACGUUAUUCUAAAAUGGAUCAAAUAUUUUUUGCCCUCAUCAAUCUACACACACUAUCCCAUAAUCACAAAGCGAAAACAGGUUUUUAGAAAUGUUUGCAAAUGUAUUACAAAUAGAAAACAGAAAUACCUUAUUUAUAUAAGUAUUCAGACCCUUUGCUAUGAGACUCAAAAUUGAGCUCAGGUGCAUCCUGUUUCCAUUGAUCAUCCUUGAUGUUUCUACAACUUGAUUGGAGUCCACCUGUGGUAAAUUCAAUUGAUUGGACAUGAUUUGGAAAGGCACACACCUGUCUAUAUAAGGUCCCUCAGUUGACUGUGCAUGUCAGAGCAAAAACCAAGCAAUGAGGUCGAAGGAAUUGUCCGUAGAGUUCCGAGACAGGAUUGUGUCGAGGCACAGAUCUGGGGAAGGGUACCAAAACAUUUCUGCAGCUUUGAGGUUCCCCAAGAACACAGUGGCCUCCAUCAUUCUUAAAUGGAAGAAGUUUGGAACCACGAAGACUCUUCCUAGAGCUGGCCACCCGGCCAAACUGAGCAAUCGGGGGAGAAGGGCCUUGGUCAGGGAGGUAACCAAGAACCCAAUGGUCUCUCUGACAGAGCUCCAGAGUUCCUCUUUGGAGAUGGGAGAACCUUCCAGAAGGACAACUAUCUCUGCAGCACUCCACCAAUCAGGCAUUUAUGGUAGUGUGGCCAGACGGAAGCCACUCCUCAGUAAAAGGCACAUGACAGUCCGCUUGGAGUUUGCCAAAAGGCACCUAAAGGACUCUCAGACCAUGAGAAACAAGAUUCUCUGGGCCGAUGAAACCAAGAUUGAACUCUUUGGCCUGAAUGCCAAACGUCACGUCUGGAGGAAACCUGGCACCAUCCCUACGGUCAAGCAUGGUGGUGGCAGCAUCAUGCUGUGGGCCAGUGACCCCUUGACUUUUUCCAAAUGUUGUUACAUUACAGCCUUAUUCUAAAAUUGAUUAAAUUGUUUAUAAUUGUUCUACACACAAUACCCCAUAAUGACAAAUGAAAAACAACUUUUUUUUAAAAUAAAUAUCACAAGCAGCAUACAACUGAGCUGAAUGUUUGGAAAUGACAAGUUCACUUUCUCAUUCAUAUCCUAAAAAUGCAUAUCAGGUACAAGUGCGCUGUUUAGCUCCCAUUUGAAGGCUGGGGGUCAUUUAGGAUGUCUUCUAAUGCGGAUCACUAAAAUAUCCUAAUGAUUAUGAUCACGCUUCCUCAUUUCAAGUAUUACAUCGACACUAUACCAAAGAUGGUUUGGUAUGGUUUAGAAACUUGGCAACCAAGCUCGAUUUAUCAGUGUAGCCUGUUGCCGCCUGGACUUAUUGAAAUAUCUUCAUGCCUAGAAAAAAAAACCUCCAGGUUUCCGUCAAUUUAUUGAAAAAUAAUAAUAAUUACAGGGGACUAAUCUAAUCCUGUCUGAAUCGUCCUCUGGAAUAGCGGACAUUCUGGGGUAAUAAAUACAUAACCAACGUUCUCUAGUAAUUCUAUUCCCAUGCGAAUAGGGCUUUUAAUAGCUUAUUCUAAGAUUUGUUAUUGGUCAUGUUUGUCCUUUGAUAAAAAGAUUGGAGAAGUGGUUUAUCCAUCUCUCUGUUUCUUGCGCUCGCUCUCUCCUCUGUCUCUCUCUUCCUGUCUCUCCUCUCUCUUGCUCUCUCUCGCUCACUUUCUCUCCUCUCUCUUUUGCUCUCACUUUUUUCUCUCUCACUUUCUCUCUCCUCUCUCAGGUCUCCUCAGGUAGGUUUCCUUCGCUUCCUCCACCUGCUCUCCUCCUUCGAUUGGAGAAACAACCCCCUGGUGGUCAACCUCAACAGCCAGCUCACCGGUGAGCACACACACAAUGUGGAUGUACAGUUGAAGUAGGAGGUUUACAUACACUUAGGUUGGAGUCAUUAAAACUUGUUUUUCAACCACUCCACAAAUUUCUUGUUAACAAACUAAAGUUUUGACAUUACUCUGUGCAUGACACAAGUAAUUUUUCCAACAAUGGUUUACAGACAGAUUAUUUCACUUAUAAUUCACUGUAUCACAAUUCCAGUGGGUCAGAAGUUUAAAUACAUUAAGUUGACUGUACUUUUUAAACAGCUUGGAAAAUUCCAGAAAAUGAUGUCAUGGCUUUAGAAACUUCUGAUAGGCUAAUUGACAUCAUUUGAGUCAAUUGGAGGUGUACCUGUGGAUGUAUUUCAAGGCCUACUUUCAAACUCAGUGCCUCUUUGCUUGACAUCAUGGGAAAAUCAAAAGGAAUCAGCCAAGACCUCAGAAAACAAUUGUUACAACCUCCACAAGUCUGUUUCAUCCUUAGGAGCAAUUUCCAAUCACCUGAAUGUACCACGUUCAUCUGUACAAACAAUAGUAUGCAAGUAUAAACACCAUGGGACCACGCAUCCGCCAUACCGCUCAGGAAGGAGACCCAUUCUGUCUCCUAGAGAUGAACAUACUUUGGUGCGAAAAGUGCAAAUAAAUCCCAGAACAACAGCAAGGGACCUUGUGAAGAUGCUAGAGGAAACAGGUACAAAAGUAUCUAUAUCCACAGUAAAACAAGUCCUAUAUCGACAUAACCUGAACGGCCGCUCAGCAAGGAAGAAGCCACUGCUCCAAAACCGCCAUAAAAAAGCCAGACUACGGUUUGCAACUGCACAUGGGGACAAAGAUCAUACUUUUUGGAGAAAUGUCCUCUGGUCUGAUGAAACAAAAAUAGAACUGUUUGGCCAUAAUGACCAUCGUUAUGUUUGGAGGAAAAAGGCGGUAGCUUGCAAGCCAAAGAACACCAUCCCAACCGUGAAGGACAGGGGUGGCAGCAUCAUGCUGUGGGGGGUGCUUUUCUGCAGGAGGGACUGGUGCACUUCACAAAAUAGAUGGCAUCAUGAGGAAGGAAAAUUAUGUGGAUAUAUUGAAGCAACAUCUCAAGACAUCAGUCAGGAAGUUAAAGCUUGGUCGCAAAUGGGUCUUCCAAAUGGACAAUGACCCCAAGCAUACUUCCAAAGUUGUGGCAAAAUGGCUUAAGGACAACAAAGUCAAAGUAUUGGAGUGCCAUCACAAAGCCCUGACCUCAAUCCUAUAGAAGAUUUGUGGGCAGAACUGAAGAAGCGUGUGCGAGCAAGGAGGCCUACAAACCUGACUCAGUUACACCAGCUCUGUCAGGAGGAAUGGGCCAAAAUUCACCCAACUUAUUGUGGGAAGCUUGUGGAAGGCUACCCAAAACGUUUAACCCAAGUUAAACAAUUUAAAGGCAAUGCUACCAAAUACUAAUUGUGUAUGUAAACUUCUGACCCACUGGGAAUGUGAUGAAAGAAAUAAAAGCUGAAAUAAAUAAUUCUCUGUACUAUUAUUCUGACUUUUCACAUUAAAAUAAAGUGGUGAUCCUAACUGACAUAAGACAGGGAAUAUUUACUAAGAUUAAAUGUCAGGAAUUGUGAAAAACUGAGUUUAAAUGUAUUUGGUUAAGGUGUAUAUAAUCUUCCGACUUCAACAGUAUAUUGUAUCAUACACAACUAUGUUCAUCUUAUCAUACUCAUGCAGCAGUAUAUAAAGACCCCAUAACGUCUCUCUCUCUCCUUCCCUCUGUCCUGUCUGCUCUCUCUCUCUCCCUCUCUCCUCCCCCUCCCGCUCUCCUUCCCUCUGUCCUGUCUACUCUCUCUCCUACCCCUCUCUCUCUCUCCCUCCCUCUGUGCUGUCCUCUCCUUCCCUCUGUCCUGUCUGCUCUCUUUCUCUCCCUCUCUCCUUCCCCUCCCGCUCUCCUUCCCUCUGUCCUGUCUGCUCUCUUUCUCUCCCUCUCUCCUUCCCCUCCCGCUCUCCUUCCCUCUGUCCUGUCCACUCUCUCUCCUACCCCUCUCUCUCUCUCCUUCCCUCUGUCCUGUCCACUCUCUCUCCUACCCCUCUCUCUCUCUCCUUCCCUCUGUCCUGUCCACUCUCUCUCCUACCCCUCUCUCUCUCUCCCUCCCUCUGUGCUGUCCUCUCCUUCCCUCUGUCCUGUCUGCUCUCUCUCUCUCUCCCUCUCUCCUUCCCCUCCCGCUCUCCUUCCCUCUGUCCUGUCCACUCUCUCUCCUACCCCUCUCUCUCUCUCCCUCCCUCUGUGCUGUCCAUUCUCCUUCCCUCUGUCCUGUCCACUCUCUCUCCUGCCCCCCUCUCUCUAUCCCUCCCUCUGUGCUGUCCAUUCUCCUUCCCUCUGUCCUGUCCACUCUCUCUCCUACCCCUCUCUCUCUCUCUCUCUCCCUCCCUCUGUGCUGUCCUCUCUCCUUCCCUCUGUCCUGUCUAAUCUCUCUCUUUCCCUCUCUCCUCCCGUCUGUCCUGUCAUCAUCUUCUGUAGCUGCUGACUACACUGAGAUCAAGAAUGACUUCAUAGCCUCCAGAGAGUCUCUGCCUGUUAUGUUCAUGGCCACGCCCAACGACAAGAAACUGUCCAUUUGGACCAAGCAGGCUCCCUCUGUGCAGGUCAGAACACACACACAGUACAUUCACCAGUAUGUCACAUCCAAUAUCAUUUUAUUUGUGCAGCACAUUGUACACAGCAUAGGAACAUAAGAGGCACAAACAGAAACAGAGUUUGAAAAAAAAAAAAUGGUUAGAAUUCAAACUUUUCAAAUGACUCUCACACUGUCUAGGACAGGCCAUGUUCUUGCCAGUAUCUGUAUAUUAAACAGCAUAGUGAAUAUAAUAGCAGAGGUGCCAUCAUAAACAGCGGAGCAGAAAUUAAUUGCACGUUCUUGGUAUUCGGCAGUCACACAGUUUCCGAUCCUUGGACCCUUCCUCAAAGCACACAGCUCUCCUGCAUCACAUUGUUGAAAGAUCCACUCAUACCGUUAUCAAUAUUACUGCUUAGUAAAAUGUUUUUUUAAAUGGUAAAAGUCUAAAUGCCUGUAGAAAUGACUGGUGUCGUAUUGCACUCACCAUAGGCAGCUGACUGUUUAUUUCCCUGAUAUGGACCGCGGUUGCUUUUUAACCUUUCAAGCACCUCUUGUAAAUCACUCAUCUGUAAUGCCAUACACAUUCAGUUUGUCAUGUUAUGACAACAAUACAAUAAUUAUAUUACAUUAAUUCAAAAUGGCCAUAAGAACAUUUUGCCUGACUGCUUUCUUUUUCAUUUAUGGUGUUAUAGACAAAUACAAUGGAUAUGGCUUAAAUAUUAUCAGGAAUAAUAUGAUCAAAAAGUGAAUGUAACGCUCUCCAGUUUAUUUUUAUUUUUUAUCCCUGUCCACUUCUGGAAGGAAAUCAGUUGAAGAUCUUGUUUUCAUGUCCGCUGUUUGACAGUGUGUUGAGAAAUACGGCAGCACACAGUAAAAUGGGGAGGAGGUAGAGCCGGCAGAUUUGCAAUCUUCUCAUGUCGCUUCCCCUUCCACUUAAACCACUGGAUUACAGCUCCAACUAGCUGCUCUCUAGACCUGACAGGUUUUUAUGUGUCUCUCAAAGAACUUUGAAUUCAUUAGGCCUAAUGCGUGACGUGCAGAAUAACUAAAAUGUCAUGUGACUGAGAAAAUCGUGUGCGUUUGCGGCAUCUGUCACGUCACUUUCACAUUGUUGGCAAAGGUGCAGUUCAUUUUGAAUCACUGCAGUGUUCCAGCUGUGAAUGGGACCAAAACAAAGAUGUGAAGCACGAAGGCUGCGGGGUAGCUGGUAGAAUGAUUCUAUGUCCAAGGACACUGCACUUUUCACUUGCCAAUCAAAUUAUUAAUCAAGAGGCUGAGCUGAGCACAUUUUGAUAGAACAGCUUAUAAUUGUGCUCAGCGCACAUGUUUUUACAGCCCAAUGUUCUCCCCAAGAUUCCCGUCCUUGAAAAUGUACCAGAUCUUUCUGAUGAAGUCUGGUGUUAAGCCAACAGAGAGAGUAGACAUAGCGAUUCAAUAGAACUCAGAAACUGUCCUUAGUUGACUCAUUCACAAUAUUGCCGCUAUUGCGGCUGUUAAACGACAGGUGAGGAUAGUUCCGAAUGAGGAGGUAAAAAAUAUACACUGCUCAAAAAAAUAAAGGGAACACUUAAACAACACAAAAUGUAACUCCAAGUCAAUCACACUUCUGUGAAAUCAAACUGUCCACUUAGGAAGCAACACUGAUUGACAAUAAAUGUCACAUUCUGUUGUGCAAAUGGAAUAGACAACAGGUGGAAAUUAUAGGCAAUUAGCAAGACACCCCCAAUAAAGAAGUGGUUCUGCAGGUGGUGACCACAGACCACUUCUCAGUUCCUAUGCUUCCUGGCUGAUGUUUUGGUCACUUUUGAAUGCUGGCGGUGCUUUCACUCGUGGUAGCAUGAGACGGAGUCUACAACCCACACAAGUGGCUCAGGUAGUGCAGCUCAUCCAGGAUGGCACAUCAAUGCGAGCUGUGGCAAGAAGGUUUGCUGUGUCUGUCAGCGUAGUGUCCAGAGCAUGGAGGCGCUACCAGGAGACAGGCCAGUACAUCAGGAGACAUGAAGGAGGCCGUAGGAGGGCAACAACCCAGCAGCAGGACCGCUACCUCCGCCUUUGUGCAAGGAGGAGUAGGAGGAGCACUGCCAGAGCCCUGCAAAAUGACCUCCAGCAGGCCACAAAUGUGCAUGUGUCUGCUCAAACGGUCAGAAACAGACUCCAUGAGGGUGGUAUGAGGGCCCGACGUACACAGGUGGGGGUUGUGCUUACAGCCCAACACCAUGCAGUACGUUUGGCAUUUGCCAGAGAACACCAAGAUUGGCAAAUUCGCCACUGGCGCCCUGUGCUCUUCACAGAUGAAAGCAGGUUCACACUGAGCACAUGUGACAGAGUCUGGAGACGCCGUGGAGAAUGUUCUGCUGCCUGCAACAUCCUCCAGCAUGACCGGUUUGGCGGUGGGUCAGUCAUGGUGUGGGGUGGCAUUUCUUUGGGGGGCCGCACAGCCCUCCAUGUGCACGCCAGAGGUAGCCUGACUGCCAUUAGGUACCGAGAUGAGAUCCUCAGACCCCUUGUGAGACCAUAUGCUUCCUCCUAAUGCAAGACAAUGCUAGACCUCAUGUGGCUGGAGUGUGUCAGCAGUUCCUGCAAGAGGAAGGCAUUGAUGCUAUGGACCGCCCGUUCCCCAGACCUGAAUCCAAUUGAGCACAUCUGGGACAUCAUGUCUCGCUCCAUCCACCAACGCUACGUUGCACCACAGACUGUCCAGGAGUUGGUGGAUGCUUUAGUCCAGGUCUGGGAGGAGAUCCCUCAGGAGACCAUCCGCCACCUCAUCAGGAGCAUGCCCAGGUGUUGUAGGGAGGUCAUACAGGCACGUGGAGGCGACACACACUACUGAGCCUCAUUUUGACUUGUUUUAAGGACAUUACAUCAAAGUUGGAUCAGCCUGUAGUGUGGUUUUCCACUUUAAUUUUGAGGGUGACUCCAAAUCCAGACCUCCAUGGGUUGAUAAAUUUGAUUUCCAUUGAUAAUUUUUGUGUGAUUUUGUUCUCAGCACAUUCAACUAUGUAAAGAAAAAAGUAUUUAAUAAGAUUAUUUCAUUCAUUCAGAUCUAGGAUGUGUUGUUUAAGUGUUCCCUUUAUUUUUUUAGCAGUGUAUUUCCUUCUAUUUAUUAAUGUUUGUAAUGUAUUUGUUGUUGUAUUUAACCCCCUUUUUCUCCCCAAUUGCGAUCGGAGGAAACACUAUUCAACUGACGACCGAAGUCAGCCUGCAGGCGCCCGGCCCGCCACAUGGAGUCGCUAGAGCGCAAUGAGCCAAGUAAAGCCCCGACGGCCAAACCCUCCCCUAACCCGGACGCUGAGCCAAUUGUGCGCCGCCCUAUGUGACUCCUGGUCACGACCGGUUAUGACACAGCCUGGGAUCGAACCCGGGUCUGUAGUGACGCCUCAAGCACCGCGAUGCAGUGCCUUAGACCGCUGCGCCACUCGUGAGGCCCUAAACAUAUAUCUCUUUACGGACACAACAAACAAGGGUUUGGUAGGUUCACGCUCACUAUGCUGGGCCGUAUGUAGGUGUGGGGUAUAAAUGUGUGUUAUUGAGGGGGGUGUGCGUCUCCCUGUGUGCUCAGAUGCUGCAGCGUGUGGUGAUGGUGGCUGCAGAGAGCCUGAAGAUCCUGGAACCUCAGCUGAUGGACACCAGCCAGAUACAGGACGUCAGGGUCAGUCACUCUCUCACUCACACACACACACACACACACACACACACUCUCACACACACACACACACACUUAAAACUACUACAUGCAUAAUUGUAUGUUUUUCUUAAUUUCCCCAAAAUUAUUGCAUUGUCAAACCUACUUUUUUUGUAGUACACCAUUCCAUCAUUAUCACUCCUUCUCCUCAUUUUCCUCUGUUCUCUCCUUUGUGUACACACACACAGGUGGCCAUGCGGCCUCCAUUGGAUGCCUAUGAUGUCCUGAUCCACCUAAGCCCCAAGCAGGUCCCCUUACUUGGCCAGGCAGUGGACCCGCCUCAUGCUACCUUCAGCAGGGGCAUCCUGGCUGGCAGCGUACCCAACACUGGAGGGGCGCUACCCGUCAUCGACUUCAACCCCGUCACCCACUACCUGGCAGAGAUCAGAGUAAGUACUUGUGUGGUGCUCAGGUGCUCAAUGGACUCUGGCUUGCUGCUUUUCUAUAGAAGCAAAAAUACAAUGUCUGUGUUUUUUUUUUGACGUGCAGUUUGCCAUUUAUUUCUAGUGGCCUCGUGCAGCCAGGUCUAUUGUCUUGUGUAUGUAGGUUUCAGACCAUGUAGUUCUUGUCAUUUUGGUACUUGACUCAAGUGGGUAAAUGGCUUUCUGUUUUUAAACCUGUGUCUGCCCAUAUUUCACAGGAUGCAUUUAGAGACCUGGCUCUGUUCUUCUAUGACCCCUACGGUGGCACUGUGAUCGCGGUGCUAUGGAAACCCAAAGCCUUCAGCCCACUGCCGUUCAAGGUAAAGACCGGAAAUCACAGAACACGUCUUUCUUUCCCUCUAUUUGCUUAUUCAUUUAUUUUCCCCCCUGGUCAUGUGUGUGUCCCUCUGGAACAGACCUCCCAGAUGGUGGCUCGUCGUGUGGAGGUGAAUGGGGAGGAGGUUCACACUGUCCCCAACGUGGAGGCCAUCCUGGAGGACUUCAGGGUCAUGGGCCAGGGCCUGGUGAAGUCGGUGGAGCCAAGGACAGAGAGAUGGGUGGUGUAGUGUAGACUGAGGUCACACACCCCCACACACACGUACCAUGAUCAUAUUCUAACUACACAAUCACGUUCGAUUUUAAAUGGAUUCCCCAUAGCCAGCAACCUUUUGUAGUGCGAAGGUUGCAUGUUCAAAUCUCAUUACGGACAACUUUAGCAUUUUAGCUAACUAGCAACUUUGCAACUACUUACUA